UAUUUGAUACCUUAAUUUAUGCAAAUCAGUAGUAACGAAUAAAUUUUUUGUUGAAUUUACAAAACAUAAAAAAAUAAAAAGGCCCAUUAGAUUUAUGGCCUGACCUAAUUCGAACCCAAAUUUCCUUAUAUAAACCUUGGAUUUUUUUCCGGCGUAUUCUCUAGGGUUUCUGUAACAAUGACAUUCCGCUCUUUUCUUAGGAUCGCUCCUAUGCUCCUACAUUCUCGGCUCAAAGCAAAGAUCUCGCCUCCUCUCCUCCUCCGUCGUUUCUAUUCAACAACAACCUUCGAUCCUCCAUCGUCCUCUGACGUCGAAACCCCUUCCGAUCCCACUUUUCCCCGGUUUAACUCAGAGAUCUUGGAUUCGUCUCUCCUACAUUCUCGGCUCAAAGCAAAGAUCUCGCCGCCUCUCCUCCUCCGUCGUUUCUAUUCAACAACAACCUUCGAUCCUCCAUCGUCCUCUGACGACGAGACCCCUUCCGAUCCCUCUUUUUUCCCCGGUUUAACUCAGAGAUCUUGGAUUCGUCCCCAGAGAAUGAAGAGUACGAAGAUCUUACUAUCACUCAGGCAACUCCAUUAGUAAGCCCAUCGAUUCAUCCUAUUGGUAGAUAUACCGUAGCAGAUGUAGCUGAGAGAGUGGGUCCGUCUGUGGUCCGAGUCGUCGUUCCGAAACGUUCUUUUAGUAGUGAUGAGCGGAAGGGGGGUCAGGGCUCCGGCUUCUUCAUAGAUCGUAAGAGAAUUCUCACUUGCGCUCAUGUGGUUGCCCACAUUAGCAAACGUGGACGUAUUCUAUCAUUUGCAGAUAAGGUGAAAAUCAAAGCACUCAAUGUCGAUGGGGUCAUCAAUGCAUAUGUACUAAGAAAUAGUGUAUCAGUACAUUUAGACGUUGCCGUGCUCCAAAUUACAAGCACAAAAGAAUUUAAACCCCUGGAGUUUGGAAUUUCCCGUGAUAUGCGGUGGGGAGAUUGGGUUGUGGCCUUUGGGUCCCCACUUAAAUUGGAUAGGACCAUCACUGCCGGUGUGAUUAGCUGUAUUGACAGAACCGAUGUUGAAUUGCGCUUGCCUAAGCUUGAGAGAACCUACUUUCAGUCGGAUUGUCCAACAAAUCCGGGAAGCUCUGGAGGGCCUUUGGUGAAUCUUGAUUGUAGAGUAAUUGGGCUCAAUUCCAUGGGCAUGCCCAUAGCAACUGGUGUGGGAUUCUCCGUGCCAAUUGACAACGUCCGCGAACAUUUGGAACUGAAGAACUUGUGGUGGGAUUCUCCGUGCCAAUUGACAACGUCCGCGAACAUUUGAAACUGAAGAACUUGUGGAGAACCUAAUUGGUAUUUUGAAGAGACUUCUCUUACAAGAACAACUUGUGGAGAACCUAAUUGGUAUUUUGAAGAGACUUCUCUUACUUAAAUCUCGUAACUAAAAAAAUAGUUUGUUUGUUAUGUAUGAAAUUUAUGUUUUCUGGAUUUUUCCAAAGUAGUUGAUCGAUUUGGAAAAUGAAACUAUAUAAUUAAGUACAUUUGCCUAA